GACGCCUGAGAGUCGCCAGUAGGCCAGCUGACCGGUCCGCGCAAUAUCCGCUUUGAGUUUUCGGAUGUGUACGGUGGUUCCGGGGAAAAUCGUCCCGGGAGAAAGCAUCCUGAUGAUGCCAUAACGAGUUCUCGUCGCUCACGUGUUCCCUUUGAAUCGCAAUUAAACCGCAAAGGCCGCACUGGCGUUGCCAGUUUCUUUUUACAGCGAGUAUCGGUAAUAAUCCGAGAUACCGGACUUCGGAAUAACGUUGUUAGCUCGUUGCGAACGCAAGUUAAUCGCGUCAGGUGCUCAGGGAGUACCGACAAGUUUCCCUAAAGGGAUAGGAACUCCCGCGCUGCCGAACUGCUCCCGAUGCGCCCACCGUCAUCCCUCGCGAGGGGAAAUGUAGAAACACUGAUAACUGAUAUCACAAGGUCCUCGGAGUUUCCACGGAGAGUCCACGGAAAGUAUUUCUCGUAAAUCGAGUUGGUUUCCUCCGCCAUUUCGCCGGGGUCGUCCAGUCCCGUCGCGGUUGAUGAUCCGCAGCUUCCGGUCGCAAGAGGGAAGACUCGAGCGAGGGAUCAUGGGGUAUGAGCAUCGCGUCAUGAAGAUCUGUAUUUUAUACAUGCUGUCGGUCAUUUUUGCGGUCUACGCAGCGGAAGACGUCGAGAUGUCGAGCGGAGGCGAUGAACGGAGACCGGCAAAGUCGAGACCGGUAAACCUAUUUACAAUUACUGGCAUGAGGAACACGGUGGCCAACGAGAGCAUGACCGUCGCCUUGAAGGCUCUGCGGGAGAAAUAUCCGGGUCACCUAGGCAGCGUGUGGUCCGUGCAGAUCAACGAGACCGACAUCAGUGAGAGCCUCGAGUCCAUAUGCAAUGCAUGGAGCUCGGCCACCGCCAAUGGCGCUACCACCGUCCCGGAUCUGAUCUUGGACCUGACGAUGACCGGUGUUUCCAGCUCGUUCACCGCGGCGAUGGGAGUCCCGACCUUGUCUGCCACGUACGGCCAGGAGGGCGACAUUCGGGACUGGAGAGACUUGGACCUCGAUCAAAAGGACUAUUUGAUCCAGAUAAUGCCACCAGCAGAUCUGAUGCCCGAGGUAAUCCGGCAGCUGGCGAUCCAGCUGAACAUCACCAACGCCGGCAUCCUCUUCGACAAGCACUUCAUCAUGAAUCACAAGUACAAGAGCCUGCUGCUGAACGUGCCGACCAGACACGUCAUCAAUGACCUGCAGGCCUCGCCGGACGCAAUAAAAAUGCAGUUAUCUCGGUUGCGAGAUCUAGAUGUGGUAAAUUACUUUCUACUGGGCGAUGGAAGCUCCAUCGACAGGAUCCUGAACAUCGGAAACUCGUUGGGCUUCACCGGGCGGAAGUACGGUUGGUUCAUUCUGACCUUGGAAGACACGGUAUGGCCGAGUUGCGCGUGCGAGAACAUCACCAUCUUGUUCCUGAGGCCGCAACCACCGACCACGUCAAGCAAUCAGAGUCAAGCGGAGUCCACCUUGAAGACAAUGCUACCAAAACCACUGCUCUCGUCCGGCUUUUACUACGAUUUGACCUUGCUGGGCGUCAACGCGAUGAAAUCAGCCCUGGACAACGGCGACUGGCCCUUGGAACCCACUCACAUCAAUUGCGAUACGUAUAACGGCACGAACAUACCGACGAGAGGCUUCGACUUCUUCACUAAACUGAUGGAGACCUCGCAGACCAUGACACCGACGUACGCGGGCUUCAGUUGGGGGAAGAAGAACGGUGAACAUGGCGCAAAUUUUAAGAUGAUCAUGUACAUGGUGAACAUCGAGCAUGAGAAGAUCUUGUCACGGGUGGAGAACGGGUACUGGCAGGCAGGCAUCGAGACGCCCAUGCAGAUCACCAGUCAAGGAAUGAUGAACAACACCGCGGUAACGAGCUACAGGGUGGUCACCGUGCAACAUCCGCCGUUCAUGAUGUACAACAAUGAGACCAAUAAGUGGUUCGGCUUCUGCAUCGACUUGCUAGAUGAGAUUCGCCAGUCUGUGCCCUUUGAGUAUGAGAUACGCGAGGUGGAGGACCAGCAGUACGGAUCACUGAACGAAAACGGCAGUUGGAACGGCAUGAUCAAGGAGCUGAUAGACAAACGCGCCGACAUUGCCCUGAGCUCACUUUGGGUGAUGGCAGAACGCGAGAAGGUCGUGGACUUCACGGUGCCCUAUUACGAUCUGGUUGGCCUGACGAUCAUGAUGCAAAAGUCGAAGACGUCGACGUCGCUCUUCAAGUUCCUCACCGUGCUGGAGAGCGAGGUCUGGCUGUGCAUCCUGGCGGCCUACUUCUUCACCAGCUUCCUCAUGUGGUUCUUCGAUCGCUGGUCGCCGUACAGUUACCAGAAUAACCGCGAGAAGUACACGGAGGACGAUGAGAAGAGGGAGUUCAACCUGCGCGAGUGCUUCUGGUUCUGCAUGACCUCGCUGACGCCGCAGGGUGGCGGCGAGGCGCCGAAGAACCUGUCGGGGCGGCUGGUAGCGGCCACAUGGUGGCUGUUCGGCUUCAUCAUCAUCGCAUCUUACACGGCGAACCUGGCAGCCUUCCUCACAGUGUCCAGGCUGGAAGUCACCAUCGACACCUUGGAGGAUCUGAGCAAGCAGUACAAAAUACAGUACGCGCCGGUGCUCAAGUCGCCGGCGUACAUCUACUUUCAGAGAAUGGCGAACAUCGAGGCGCGUUUCUACGAGAUUUGGAAGGAUAUGAGCCUGAACGACAGUUUGUCGGACGUAGAAAGAGCGAAGCUGGCCGUCUGGGAUUAUCCCGUCAGCGACAAGUAUACGAAAAUGUUUCAAGCCAUGAAAGAGGCUGGCUUUCCAAGCAGUAUCGACGAAGCGCUAAGGCGAAUCCGAAGCGAAGGUCCAUACGCGAAUAAUCAAUUCGCUUACAUCGGUGACGCCUCGACCAUCAAAUACCUCGUCAUGACGAACUGCGAUCUGAUCUCAGUCGGAGAGGAGUUCUCCAGGAAACCGUACGCCAUCGCUGUCCAGCAAGGAUCGCCGCUGAAGGAUCAAUUUAAUAACGCGAUCCUCAUACUGUUGAAUAAGAGGAAGCUGGAAAAGUUGAAGGACACGUGGUGGAAGCACAAUCCCAUUAAGAAGAAAUGCGACACGGAGAACGACCAGAACGACGGCAUCAGCAUUUACAACAUCGGCGGUGUGUUCCUCGUGAUUCUCGUAGGCAUCGUGUUCGCUUGCUUAACGUUAGCCCUCGAAUAUUGGUAUUACCGGCAUCAUGCAAGAGUUAACGACUUACAACAAGCUACGCCGCCCAAAACGAAGACAGUUAAACCGAUAAGAUUCGAUUUACAUCCUGCUCCCACCCAUGGAUUUCAAUCGUCGCAAUUUAGAUCGAGAUUUUAAGUUCUGAAAUUUUAGAAGUGAACACACAUAUCUGAGGUGAUUUUUUUAAGGUGAUUUCCCCAGUAGGCUAAUUCUGCAGAAGACAAUUUUCGAUUAUACUUUUAUUAUUAAAAUGUAAUUUUUAUUUUAUAUUUUAUUAAUAAAAUAUUAUAUACUAAUGCGAGAGGGUAAAACAGCACAAAAUAAUAUUUUGAUAAAUUUAUUUGAAUAUUUUUAGCGUUUAUUCUGCGUAUGUAUCUGUAGUUUGAAAUGGACUUGCAUUUCUUUUUGGUAGAGAAAAGGUUGGUAAAAAUGUAUAAUGUGAAAAGUGCAUAUACAUGUAUACAUAUAUAUGUA